AUGAAGAGGAACGGCGAGACGAAGCGGCGAAGAAACGUGGCGGAGGAAGCGGAGCAGGGAGGAGGUGGAGAAGAUCCGGCGAUGUGGGAGAAUCUAGAUCGGAAUUUCAGACAGGUGCAAUCAGUUUUGGACAGAAACAGAUCACUGAUCCAGCAAGUCAACGACAAUCACCAAUCGAGGAUGGCCGAUAACAUGUCGAAGAACGUCGCUUUGAUUCAAGAACUCAACGGAAACAUCUCCAAGGUCGUCUCCAUGUAUUCUGAUCUCAACACCAAUUUCUCGACGGCGUUUCACGGUGAAAAGAACGGACACGACGGUGGUGGUGCUGCCGGAACCAGAGCUUAA